AUGGCGACAUCUACCUACAAGCUCGCUAACUUCGAAACCUUCCAAAACACAAUAAACAACACCCUCACCCCCAUCCCACGCACCCGUCGAGGAAUCAACCCCAACACCGAGACAGAACUCCCCGAAGUCCCCAUCUCAGCGCAAGAAGACGUCGACAACGCCGUAGCAGCCGCCCAAGCCGCCUUCCCCUCCUGGAGCAAUCUUAGUCAAGAUGAGCGAGCUGAGUAUCUAAGCAAGUUUGCUGACGCUAUCGAUGCUAAUCAAGCUGGUUUUGCGAAAUUGCUUGGGGAGGAAUGUGGGAAGCCGCCGCAGGGGGUGGGGAUUGAGUUGUUUUUGGUUACCCAUCAGAUUAGGGAGACGGUGAAGAUUAAGCUAGGGGAGGAGGUGGUUGAGGAUAGUGCUGAGCGAAGUAUUGUACAACGCUAUGUCCCAAUGGGCGUAGGAGUUGGAAUUGUGCCAUGGAACUUCCCUAUGCUACUCGCUACGAUCAAACUCACUUCAGCUCUCCUCGCCGGGAACACCUUCAUCUUAAAACCCUCCCCUUUUAGCCCUUACACGGCUCUCAAACUAGGCGAAGUAGGAGCUCAGGUCUUCCCCAAAGGCGUCCUUAACGUCUUGAGCGGAGAGGAGGAUUUAGGUCCUAUGCUUACAGCUCAUCCUGGCGUUGCAAAAGUCAGUUUUACCGGCUCGAUCGCUACGGGAAAGAAAGUGAUGCAAGCAUGUGCUGCUACACUUAAACGUGUCAGCCUUGAACUUGGAGGGAAUGAUGCAGCUAUUAUCUUGCCGGAUGCUGAUCUUGCUGUUACCGUACCGAAGGUAGCAACCCUAUCCUUCUUCCACACCGGUCAACUCUGCGUCGCCAUAAAACGUAUCUACGUCCACUCAUCUAUCUACGACGCCUUCCUCGCCGCAUUCACCUCCUUCGUCUCGACUCUCAAGAUCGGAAACGCCAGUGAUCCCGAAGCUACUCUGGGACCUAUCCAGAAUAAAAUGCAAUACGAAAAACUCCUAGACAUGCAUAGCGAGAUCUCAAAACAAGGUCUGAAAGUUGCACUUGGCGCCGACCUUUCAACUGACAAAAAGGGAUUUUUCUUGCCGCCGACUGUGAUUGACAAUCCACCAGACGAUGCCCGAAUAGUAACGGAAGAGCAAUUCGGACCUAUUAUACCACUCCUCAAGUGGACUGACGAAGAGGACGUUCUACGGCGUGCGAACGACUCUUUGAUGGGACUAGGUGGCUCGGUUUGGGGAAAGGAUGUCAAGAAUGCGGAGCGUGUGAGUCGACGGCUGGAGGCUGGGAUUGUAUGGGUGAAUUCCCAUGCCGAAACGGGACCCCAGGUUGCGUGGGGAGGGCAUAAGAAUAGUGGGAUGGGUGUGGAGAGUGGACUCGAAGGGCUGAAGGGAUGGUGCAAUGCUCAGGCUGUGUGGGUUUCUAAAUAA